UUCAAAGAAAAAAGGAGAACUUCUUUAAUCCCCACUCUUAUUUCCGUUUGUCCAACUAAUUAAUAUAAACAGGAAAAGGGCUCACUGUCACGCUAACUUCCUAGUAGGGAAGGCGGGGGGGGUCCGGAGAAUAGAUAUUCACCCCCAAAUCAUCCUUGGCUUUAUAGUGAUAAACGCUAUAUAUUGUUCCUUAAUCCACUGAGUUUUAGUUCUUAGCUAGAAGUUUUCACUCACUCCAAAAGUCACCGAUAUUUAGUCCAAUUCACUCGCCCUUCCGGUUCUCUCCAAUUUCUCAGCAGCGAGAUCGCCAAAAACUUUGUAAAUAAAAACUUCCUUCUCUUUCCUAUCUGGGCUGCCGCUAUUCUCUCCAGUCACUGUACAGCCCUGCAGUUCUCAAGUCAGUCUCUCUUUCGUCUUCUUCUCCUUUCCCGUUCUGUCCUGCCUCCCCGUGCCGGUCAAAACCGCAGCGUCAUUGGCUUUGGGACCGCUUAUACGCGGCCUUCUUCUUGCUCUCCGAAUCCUCGGGGCUCACGUUUCGUUGCAGCAAGGGGGUCGCACGCCCUCUCCUCGCCUCUGAAGGAAGCCCCUCUGUUCCUCCUGCCUCUCCGGGGCUGGAAGCGGCUAAACAAAGCCGAGGAGUUUCAAAAAACUUGAUCGGCACCACGGAGCUCGCGCCGCGCCAAUCCUUCGCCCUGACUGCUGCACCGGAUUUUUUUCAAGAUUUUUUUUUUUUAAAGAGACAAACAGGAUGGCAAUAAGAGCACUCUGGACAACUGUAAAUAACAAGGAACAUUGAAAAGUGAAGAUAAUCAAGCCAGAAAUCAAAAUAUUUUCCAUUUCCUUCAGAAAAACACAGAAUUUUCCUCCUCCUCCUCCAACAGCUGUUAGAAAGAAGAGAGAAAAUCAAGAAAGAAUAAGCAGAUUAUGCAGAAUUCAAGGAUACGUUACAUGAAAAGAUUCACUCCACAGAAAAACCCGGUGAGUGUCGAGGGUGCAGGAAAAGUUUCAUUAGAAAUUCCCAACUCAUGAGACACCGGACCAUGCACACAGGAGAGAAACCCUUUGAAUGUCCCGACUGUGGGAAAAGCUUUAGUGAUAAUUCCAACCUGGUGACACACCAGAGGACUCACACAGGAGAGAAACCCUUUGAAUGUUCUGACUGUGGGAAAAGUUUUAAUUAUAAUUCCUACCUGGUAAGGCACCAGAGGACUCACACAGGAGAGAAACCCUUUCAAUGUCCUUUCUGUGGGAGAAGCUUUAAUUAUAAUUCCGAUUUGCUGAUACACCAGAGGACUCACACAGGAGAGAAACUGUUUGAAUGUGCUUUCUGUGGGAAAGGUUUCAGUAAGAAUUCCUACCUGGUGAUACACCAGAGGACUCACACAGGAGAGAAACCCUUUGAAUGUUCUGAAUGUGGGAAAACUUUCAUUACGAAUUCCUACCUGGUGACACACCAGAGGAUUCACACAGGAGAGAAACCCUUUGAAUGUCCUGACUGUGGGAAGGGUUUUAGUGAUAAUUCCAACCUGGUAAGGCACCAGAGGACUCACACAGGAGAGAAACCAUUUGAAUGUCCUGAUUGUGGGAAGGGUUUUAGUGAUAAUUCCAGCCUGAUAAGGCACCAGAGGAUUCACACAGGAGAGAAACCCUUUGAAUGUCCUGAUUGUGGGAAAAGUUUCAGUCAGAAUUCCCACCUGGUGAUACACCAGAGGACUCACACAAGAGAGAAACCAUUUGAAUGUCCUGACUGUGGGAAAGUUUUCAGUCAGAAUUCCAACCUGGUAAUGCACCAGAGGACUCACACAGGAGAGAAACCCUUUGAAUGUUCUGGCUGUGGGAAAAGUUUCAGUCAGAAUUCCAACCUGGUAAUGCACCAGAGGACUCACACAGGAGAGAAACCCUUUGAAUGUUCUGCCUGUGGGAAAAGUUUCAGUCAAAAUUCCCACCUGUUGAUACACCAGAGGACUCACACAAGAGAGAAACCCUUUGAAUGUCCUGACUGUAGGAAAGGUUUUAGUGAUAAUUCCAUUCUGGUGACACACCAGAGGACUCACACAGGAGAGAAACCCUUUGAAUGUCCUGACUGUGGGAAACAUUUUAGUAAUAAUUCCAGCCUGGUGACACACCAGAGGACUCACACAGGAGAGAAACCCUUUGAAUGUCCUAUCUGUGGGAAAAGCUUUAGUGAUAAUUCCAAUUUACUGACACACCAGAGGACUCACACAGGAGAGAAACCAUUUGAAUGUCCUGACUGUGGGAAAGGUUUCAGUCAGAAUUCCAACCUGGUGAAACACCAGAGGAUUCACACAGGAGAGAAACACUUUGAAUGUUCUGACUGUGGGAAAAGAUUCAGUCAGAAUUUCCAUCUGGUGAAACACCAGAGGAUUCACACAGGAGGGAAACCCUUUGAAUGUCCUGAUUGGGGAAAAGUUUCAGUCAGAAUUAUGACCUGGUGACUCACUCUGGGGAAAAACCAUAUAAGUGUCCAGAUUGUGGGAAAAGUUUCCUUUGGAAUUGUCGACUGGUGAGUCACCAGAGGACUCACAUAGAAGAGUAACCAUAUGAGUGUCCAGACUGCAAAGAUUUCAGUACUAAGGAUAGCCUUCCAAAUCAUAAGCUUAUAUACACGGGAGAAACCAUUUAAGUGCUCUGAGUGUGCAUGCUGCUUCAGGAAAUCUUCCAACCUUAUCGCACACAAGAAAAUGCACCUGGGGCCCAAAGUGAUGCGUGUAGAGAAGGCUUGAAUUUCAACUGAGAAAUUACUUUUUUAUUUGAGUACAAAAAAUUUGCCUGAUUUUUUUUCAUCAAAUAUGUCAUGGUAUUAGAUGGGAAGAAGGAAAGGAAAAAGUGGAACAUGUUAAUUUGAUAAGGACUGUUUGGCCAUUAAUAGCAGAAAUUGCUGGAUAUUUUAUUUUUGCAAAAAUUGUAGAAAUCUGCAAACAUCUUUUUAGGAGUGUUCUUUCCAUUUUUAUCAUAACAAAUGAUUGAAAUGCCACAUGAAGAGGCCCCGUCUUCUCCCUGGAUGUCCUCCCCCAAUCAGCUUUUCCAGGCUGCAGGGAUUGCUACAGACCAUCGCUGCCUCCGUGCCUCACAUUUUGAGCCUCUGAACACUCCAUUUCAGACUUUUCAAGGCUGCAGGAAUCGCCAGAGCAUAUUGUCACCUCUGUGCAUUGCGUUUUCAGCCUCCACAGCCCUUUUAUGGCCUGUGCACAUUGUGUUUUUGGGUGGUCCCAGGCCGCCAAUCCUGCCCAAAAAUACAAUGCGCAAAGACCAAAAAUAGGGCGUGCAGAGGCCGAAAACGUGAUCCGCAGAGGCUGAAAACACGAUGUACAGAGGCAGCAAUCAGUGGCGAUGUGCUCUGGCAUAGGUCUAAAACGCGUUGUGUGGAGGCCAAAAAUGGCCAAAGGGUGGGGCCAGUGGGUGGGCUUGGCUACAUUCAGUAUAUUAGACGCACCCAAAUUUUCACCCUCUUAGGGGGAGAAAACUGUGUCUUAUACUCCGAAAAACAUAGUAGUUUAUCUUUUCCUAACAAUUGCAGAAAUUCAUUGCGCCAAGCAUAUCUGCUCAGAUUUUGUCAAGAAUGAGGCAUGCAAGUGGGAGAAACCAUACAAAUAGCAAAUAUAUUGGGGGAGUUUGAGGCAGUGACAAAAGCAGUGUAGAAUUUCUGAUGUAAAUGUUCUGCCCUACAGGUGACCUUCAUGGAGAAGAGCUGUAGGAAUAUUGAGUUGAGGAGAAAAGGGAUUGUGUGUCAGGUCCCCAUAGAUCCUUAUGGGGAUGCUGUCAUUCUGGCAGGGAGGGCCUGAAUGCCACUCUACUUACUAUCACUGUCUCUCAAUAAACAUUUCCUUUUGAAAUCCC